AUGAAUGAGCUAACAUGGAGUCCUGUUCAUCCCAACCCAAUCCAGCAACAGAACUUGGCCAAGUCUGGCUGUCAAGAGACCCGUCCGGCUGCUCAGGCGGAGGUGCUGCUUUUUCCAAGGUCUUCACCUGGCCUGAGGCGGCAAAAGAGAGACUGGGUCAUCCCUCCGAUCCUUUGCUCUGAGAACGAGAGGGGGCCUUUCCCCAAGAACCUGGUGGCGGUCAAGUCCAGCAAAGAAAAAGAGGGCACCGUCUACUAUAGCAUCACUGGGCAGGGGGCCGACAGCCCUCCAGUUGGCACCUUCAUCAUCGAGAGGGAAACUGGCAUGCUGAAGGUGACUCGCCCGCUGGACAGGGAGAAGAUUCCCCGCUACCAGCUGUUUUUCCAUGCGGUGUUAGCCAAUGGCCAGACAGCAGAGGACCCCAUGGAGGUGAUCAUCAAUGUUGGUGACCAGAAUGACAACCGUCCACAGUUCACCCAGAGCGUCUUCAAAGGGUCUGUGGAAGAGGGAGCUAAACCAGGUAGUCCGGUGAUGCAGGUGUCGGCCAUUGACGAAGAUGACACUGUGGACACCCUCAAUGGGGUUGUAUCUUACUCUAUUCUCAGCCAGGAGCCCCCAGAGCCACUCAGCAACAUGUUCGCCAUCAAUUCAGAAACAGGCCUCAUCUUCUUGAACACAGCCGGCCUGGACAGAGAGAAAGCCCCCAAAUACACCCUGAUCCUGCAAGCCAUAGAUAUGGACGGGGCUGGCCUUUCCACCACCGCAACUGCAGUGAUCCAGGUAACUCUCGAGAACCUGCUGGGAGGCCUCCAUCCCAGAGUGCCACAUCUGCUUUCCCUCAUCGUUCUUCCCUGGAUCUGCCUGGUGCUGCGCUUUGCCUCCCAGAAAGCCAGAAACUUUGCCAUCAAGGACAUAUCCCUAUUAAGGGCUCUUCGCCAGUAA